AUGACUGUGCACGAGUGCACUAAGCAAGAAAGUUUAUCCUUGCUUUUUCUUACAGUGUGUAAUCCUGUUUUCAAAUUGGUUAACAGUUCUAUUCAACUGGACAUAUCAACAAAGAUCGUUAAUGAUGAUCUCACUUGGUUAUUUAACCAAAAAGAAAACAUUGUGAAAUAUUCUGUAAGACUUAGAGUAUUGGGAAGGUUUAAAGGCAGGGUGAAAUUCGAUGAAGAAACCCACAGUCUCACACUGUAUAACAUACAGAAGACUGAUAGUGGACUCUACCAAGCAGAAUAUGCUGGUGAAAAGAGAGAAAUUGUUGCUACGCACCAAAUACAUGUUUUAGAUCCAGUGGGGAAAACAUUCCUUAAUGUCUCUCACCAGCAAAGCACUGACACCUGUAAUGUGACUCUCAUCUGUGGCGCUCAGAACCUCUCCCUCACCUCUCACUGCUACAAUGAUACCUGUGAUAUGAAGGAACAGAAAACAGUUGGAGACGCAUUUCUUUCCCUCUCAUUGUACAUCAGUAACAACACCAUUGUUUGUAAUCAUAGCAACCCUGUCAGCUGGAAAACUACAACUAUGGAGAUGAAAUAUGUAAAACAACUCUGUCUUUCUGAAGGUGUAAGCAUGCACACAUACUGUAUGGGGGAAAUGUAAAUAACAAAAAAAAUUAAUUAAUAAUUGACUAGAAUAGAACAACUCUCUUUCUUUCUCUGCCACAUUUAAUUUUCCUAUAAUAAAAUAUUUAAACGUUUUUAAUUUUUUAGGUCUUAUUUAAUUAGGUCAGUUCCUAACUUGUACCACAGAUACACUGUUCAGCCAUAAGAUUAACAUCACUAAAAAGUGAAUCGAAUAACUUCAAUGGCAACAGUCCAGGGGCAAUUCUCAAAGUUGUUGUCAGUUCUCAAACUGACGAUUGAUGAUCUAGAAGCAAGAAAAAUAGGCAAGUGUUAGGAUCUGAGUGACUGACGAUGGCUAAAUUGUGAUGGUUAGAUGAUGUGAUCAGAGCAUUUCCAAAACAGCAGGUCAUGUACAGAACAUUGUUUCUGGCAUCCAGUUGUACAACUAGUGACAUGAGGAAAAACAACGAGUACAGUAAAUCAACUCACUGAUGAACAAGCACAGUGAAGGCAAACCUGUCUGGUCUGAUCCCUCAGAAGAGCUUCUAAAGCUUAUUCUCACAAUAAUAUAAUGUUCACCUGAAGUUCAGAUAUAGAAUAAGUUAAAUAUGCACUAAAAGUCUGAGACACCAGUGCAAAUUCUAGAUUACUGCACCAUAUGUAAGAUUAUAACAUCUGUUUAAAUACAGUAUUAAAAUCUUAAAAUUUUCAACCAUACUCUUUUUGUUAUAGUAGAAUAUUUUUACAUUUUUGUAACUUGAUUAAAGGUGCACCAGAAAGCAAAAGAACAACAAACAUUUUACAUUUAUAUAGUAUUUU